AUGUCAACAUCCCAACCACCAACCCCUCCAUCCAGCGCAACCUCCUUCCUCCCCCUCGAUGCAUUAUUCGAAAACCCCGUCUUCGCUGGCGGAGCCGGUCUUGCUGGUCUGGCAGCCGCUGCCUCUCUCGGGCGCAAAUCCAUCAUACUCGGAGCUGGAGCUCUAAAACGGCGGCUCCUCGUCGAAGUCGAGAUCAGCAAACAGGACAACUCCUACGGAUGGUUGUUAGCAUGGAUGUCUCUACCGCGUCCUACCGGUGGCUUUAUCCAGUCGCGAAUGACCCGGUUGCAUCAAUUGUCGAUGAAAACGAGCUCGACGUCGAUAUUCGAUAAGCCCCGACAUGCGAGUUUCAUGCUGCAUGCUGGGUAUGGACGGUACUUUAUGCGGCAUAAAGGAGUGUAUUUCCAGGUCAGUCGGGAGAAACAGAGUAGUUCCAAUAUGACGACCGGCGAACCGCACGAGACGAUUACGCUUACGACGUUGUAUGCUCAGCGGCAUCUGUUUGAGGAUAUAUUCAGGGAGGCACAUGAAUUGGCGGUGGAGGCGCAGGAGGGGAAGACGGUGAUGCAUACGGCGCAGGGGCAUUCGAUGGACUGGAAACCAUUUGGGAACCCGAGGAAGAAGAGGCCGUUGAGCUCGGUGAUAUUGGAUAAGGGGAUUAAGGAACGGAUAGUCAGUGAUGUGAAGGACUUUCUUGACAGCCAGAAAUGGUAUGUGGAUAGAGGGAUUCCGUAUCGGAGAGGAUAUCUGUUGUAUGGACCUCCUGGGAGUGGUAAAAGCUCCUUUAUACAAUCACUGGCUGGUGAACUAGAUUUCGGGGUUUCUCUUAUCAAUUUGAGCGAACGGGGGAUUACGGAUGAUAAACUGGCAAUGCUUCUGACGAAACUGCCUCCUCGGACGAUUCUCCUACUCGAAGAUGCUGAUGCGGCAUUUGUCAAUCGAAGAAAGACGGAGUCCGAUGGGUAUAAUGGUGCAACGGUUACCUUUUCUGGUUUGCUUAAUGCUCUAGACGGUGUGGCAGCAGGAGAAGAACGGAUCGCGUUCUUAACAACAAAUCACAUCGAUCGAUUAGAUGAGGCACUGAUUCGCCCAGGAAGAGUGGAUUUGACAGUCAGGAUAGGACAAGCGACCAGAUAUCAGGCCGCCGAGAUGUGGGAUAGAUUUUAUGGAGACAUAGACGGCGAUGGCGCUGGGAGAAGUCGAUUCUUGCAGAGACUCGAAGAUCUUGAUCUUAUUGCUCCCGAGGGGGGUCAAAAGACAAGUAAAAUGCAUACCAGUACAGCUGCGAUACAGGGGCUGUUCUUGUUUAAUAAGAAUGAUAUGGAGGGGGCUAUUGAGCAGGCCCCUGGUUUGAUACCCAGGAUAUAUGAGGCGGAGGAGCAUGAGGGGAUGAGGGUUCCUGCAUAA